GUGUCUAAGUAUCGUCACUGUGAAACUAUGACUCGAUUGAAUAGUAUCGCAUUGAUCAUUGUUGCAAUGAACGUACUGAUGUGCGUUCUUGGAGAAGAGUUAGAACUCUACCCUCCUGAACUUGAUGAGCUCGAUGUUCCACAACUUCUGGCAGAUGACGCUUGGCGAGGAAACAUCGAAGAUUGCUAUUUUAAAAGAGCACCGUGUACAGAAGAACAGAAGUAUUUAGAAGAUAAAUUUAGAUAUGCUCUAAAUACUAACUGCAAAAGAUGUACUGAAACACGAAAAAAAUGUAUGAAGACAGUUACUGAGUGGUACGAAAAGAACCAACCGGAUACUUGGAAAUUAGUACUUGAAAAUGUCGACUCAUGAAGGAAAGGAAUGCUAAUCAAUGACUACUGGCAACAAAAAUGUAUAAUCCAUCUUUCGACGUAUGCCAUAUCCAGACAUUUCCGAUUAAUUUCAUUACAUAAAAACUUAUAAUAGGGUUUAUAAUUUGAUAAAUAGCAUUGGUAAACGGUAGUAUAUGGGAGAGGAAAAUAACAAACGGUGGUACCUAAUGAUUUAAAAGAAAUAUUUUGUACAAAUCAAUUUAACUGUUAUGCAAUAUAAAGUUAUUUUAUUAUAGUUAUGUAAUAUAAAUAUUACCGUAACAAAAGAAUAUUAAAAAAAUAUAUAUUACACUGCAAUAAAUUGUAACUUGGAAAUGCACUUUUCUUAAACACACUGUAAAGAACACGUAUUGCAUAAUACACUGUAAAGAACACGUAUUGCAUAAUUAAUUAUAAAAUUGUGCACAUUAGUAAUAAACUGGUGUUGUUAAGAAUUGCGUCGCAUUAAUAUUUAUCAAGUUAUUUUCAAAAAGCGAAAUAUGAAUUUUCUUUUUCUUCCUUCAUCUAUUAUUAUGCGAUUGUAUAGAUUAGUGCAAGUUUAGGUACAAAAUAGUUUAUACGAUAUUUUUUAAUUCACAUAUAUUUUUUAACAAAUGAUUUUAAUGUGUUUUUAAUGUAAAUUAUAAGUCCGGAUACUUUCUUUUAUUACAUCUAUUUGACGUUCAUCGAAUAUCCUACGGACACAUUAGGACCCAUCAAAUUUCAUAAAUAGAUUUAUCAUGGAUGUCCAGUAAAUAAGUGUCUAUUAAAUAUCACAAGACAUAAAACGGAUGAUUUAUAGAUAUUUUCAAUAUUCUUAUAAGAUAUUUUAUAGAUCAUGAAUGUUCUUCGGUUAUCCUUGUGCUGUCUGUGGUAAUAAAUAAGCGUAUUUAA